AUGUGUUUCAAUUAACAAUGUAUCAUUUAGUUUAGAUUAGGAAAUGAUAAAAAUUUGAGUUCCAAAUAAUUCGUAAUAUAAAUUAACAAAAAUACAAAGUUGAUGGAAGUGAUGCAUGAAAAUGCAUAUUUUUCAUACAGCUGCUUUUUUUAUAUAUCUGAAUGUUAUUUAUGUUGACACCGAGAUAAUAGCAGUAGUUCAGGUAAUAAGUAAUGGAAAAUCUACCCCAAAAUCAUUCUAUAAAACAGAUACGUAUAACCAGGCAUUUUAUUGGGGAGGACUUGCUAACGGACAAUUAAUAAACGAAGGAAAACGUCAACAAUAUACCUUAGGACAAUAUACCAGAAAAAGAUAUGGAGAAUUUUUACCAACAAAGUACAAUAAAUCAGACUUUUAUGCGCAAACAACAGAUGUUGAUACAAGUCAUAUGUCAAUCCAAACUUUCAUUUAUGGAAUUUUUCCCGCAAAACAAUCACAAAUAUGGCGAAGAAAUAUAGACUGGCAAGCUAUACCUGUUCAUCCAGCAGACGUACGUGUUUUCAUGUACUCAUAUCCAAGCGAUUGUGAAGCUUACAACACGCUACUAAACGAACAGUUGAACAGCGAUGAAUAUGAUUUGAUCAAUUUACAAAAUUCAGACUUAUAUAGUUACUUAACGAAUUACACUGGUGAUAAUAUAACAGAUUUACCUGGUGUUUAUAAAAUUUGGGGUACGUUAUAUUCGGAAGAUUUGGUUGGAUAUACCUUACCAAGUUGGACAGAUCAAAUUUAUCCAGAACCUAUCAGAACCGUGGCUGGAUUGUAUUAUAAAUUAUUAACACAUACCACGGAAAUGAAGAGCUUGAUGACCGGACCAUUCUUCAAUGAGAUCUUGGACUAUUUUGACAAUAUGACCAACGAUUCAUCGUCAUCACAAAAAUUUCGAAUCUACAGUGGGCACGAUACAAAUAUAGCCACAUAUUUGAUCACGAUAGGAACUUUCAGUCCUGCAUAUCCUCCUCCUCCAGCUAGCAGCCUUUAUAUCGAGCUUCAUGCUGAAGAUGAUGAUCAUAUUGUUAAGGUGUUUUAUAAAAAUGGAAACAGUAUAGGACAAGUUGAAAUAAAUGGGUGUGAAUCAAAUUGUACACUUUCUGCAUUCCGGGAAACGAUUAGUGAUAUUUUGUUAGACACAACAACAAGAGAUGAGCAGUGUUCGAGUUAGUUAUCAUUCUGUUAUUUAUUAUGAACUUGAAUAAAGAAGCAAAAAACA